UUAAGCCCAACAAACAAACGGUUCCUUAGACAUACAUACACACUUGGUUCGCAAACCCACCCCCCGUAGCGCAUGCCGGAUGGAACAGAAUUGAUCUGCAGAAGGUCACCCCUUUUUGCUUUCCCCUACCCAGUGCCUCGUCGCUCAGCCCCAGCAUUUCCAGCUGAAGCCCCGGCGAAAUCGGACACAGCCCCGGCAAGAUUAGGAAAGACGUUGAAACGAGGAAAACGGAGAGAAAUACAACAGAGCUUUUGGAUAAAUAUUAAAUAUUCUUCAAUAUCAACAAUGAAGUAAAUUUUCGAACAAUGUUCUAAGAAGAGAGGAUGUGCUCGAGUGUCAAGACUUGUGAUGAUGGCACAUAUCCAUCCGGGCUUUCCUAAUGAUAUGCUCAUUGUUGAAACAAGAUCAAGUAUUCAACGUUCGUGCAAUUUAGUCGUCAUCUAUCUCAUCAAACAAUAUGUUAGAAAUCGAUAAGGAAAUGAUACAGGUGGUUAAAGUGAUCGUCCUUGGGGCACCAGCAGUGGGCAAAACAUCCCUCAUCCGCCAAUUUGUGUUCAGUGAAUUCAGCGAAGACUACACGCCCACGGACACAAAAACUGUGUACAAUCCCACCGUAGUUUUCAAUGAACACAUAUAUUCCAUGUCACUAGUGGAUCUCCCAGUCAUAUCUUACUUCCCAGCAAACUCCAUAAACGAAUGGACAGACUACAGAAACUACGGACUACGCAGCGCCUCAGCUUACAUACUAGUGUUCGACCUAAAUGACCUUGAGACUUUUCAGUAUGUUAAAAGUAUUCGCGACCAGAUAUGUGAUACGAAAGAUAUGCACAAUAUUCCACUUUAUAUUGUUGGCAACAAGCAGGAUGUCCUGAGGGGUAGAGAGCGGCGGGAGGUGGCAGGUUUGGUGAAAAAACAUUGGAAGUGCGGUUACGUGGAAUGUUCUGCUCGCAAUAAUUGGCACGUCGUGCAUUUGUUUAAGGAACUUGUAAGGGGUCUGGACUAUGCGGAGUAUGGGCAAAAGUUGUCAUCCUACAGCUCUCCACGCUUUGAGAGUUUGCACGCCCAUCGAGAACGGAGAGGUGAUUCUGUGGUAAAGUGCUCCAUAAUGUAAGGAUUACUUUGAUUAAAAACUAUUGCUUUUUUUUUAA